GGCUAGUGGAUGAAUAGAUUCAGGAAGUGCUGCGAGUGGCAAAAUGUUCGCCGACCCAAAAAAAUAUAUAGUAAUUCCACAAGAUUAACUUUGAGUAAAAUGUUGCUUUUCCACACGCUUUAUUAUGGCUAAUAGUAUGAAUUUGAUACCUGUCUGGAACUGGUGAGCUUCACCUACUCUCCAGAUUGAGAUGCAAGCUGUCAAUGGCACUGCAAAGCUCUUUUACAUGCGCCAUAGUGGACACUAUUACAACGUGCAUCGUCAGGAUGUCAGGCAGAAGAGUAGUGGUGUUCUCUUCAGCAGCAGAGCUUGGUCCAGCUCUGGCUCACAUGGUAGCAUCUCGGGCUGACAAGGUGUCCAUGCUCAGCAAGGAGCUGCCUGCCCUGCCAGACCUGGACUGCAGCCACUGGCUAGUAGGUUUCUGUGAUGACAGGCUUGUUCCCUUUGACGAUGGAGAGAAUACCUAUGGACUGCACAAGAAUCAGUUGUUCUCCAAAAUCAACAUCCCAGACAGUGGGGUCCUGGCGAUUGACCCCUCUUUAUCUGUACAGGAUUAUGCCCGCAAACUGAAGGAGACCAUCCCCCGCUGUAGGAAACCUAGAAAAUUGUGGCCCCAAUCUGUGACUCGCCCAAGCCCCCACCACAACGUGUGAGCAUGACAUUUCCCAUGGUGAACUUAGCCCAUUGUGUGGUCUUUGUGUCAACAGGGGGCAGCAAAGCACCAGUGCUAAAGGUACUGUAUCCUAUCCUCCAUACAUACUGGCAUCCUCUCUGACUCAAUAAUAUCUAACCCUGAUCCUAACCUAUUAAGCAUCAAGAAAUGUCACUAUGAAGACUUGAUUCAGGUUAUUUGUAUUUAUGUUUACCUGUAAUUUACUGUUAAAAAAAAUAUAUAUAUCCCAAAAAUAGAUCUCACUGUAAAACAGUAAUGGAUUGAGAGCAUUUCUGUGGUUGUUGAUAACCCUACUACAAGUGAGCUUUUCCUUUCAAGUGCUGGAGGGUGGUGAAGGCCCGGCCCUACCUGCAGCCAGAGUGGUCCCCAGCCACAGUGAGCUGUUCUGGCUCACAGAUGAACCAGCCACUGCUUCCUUGACACUCCAAAUGGAGAGACCAGGCUCUGCAGCAAAACUCUAAAGACCAAAGAGAAGGACAAAAAGGAGCUCAGAAACUCAACACCCACAGAGAAAAAUGUACAGGAUAUCACUGAACAUUCCUGUUUCUAUUUGACAGUGUUAUGAUUUAGGCAUGAGAUUAAACCCUUACCUACCAGGAAAAUGGGAUUUAAGUGAAUUCAUGAAUGAUUAAGAAAAACAUUGGAUUGUUUACACAUCAGUUGUAGAACAGUGCUGAAUGUAUGUAUAAUGAUGGGGAAACCAUUUGAAGUAGUUGCUGGAUGAUUAAUUUCAGAGGAAACGGUGUAAUGUCAUAAUAAUACAAAUAGAUUUACUGUUAAAGUUUCAGGGUUCUUUAGUGUGUACUAUCUCAUGGAAUUGUAUGGGAUUCCAACAAGCUGCUUGAAUGGUAGCCUCAGCCAGAAAGUGUUUACUUUGUUACUUUGUUACUAAUCUGUUGACCGCAGUACUUUGAAGUCCGACUUUGCAUUGGACUAUCAGUGGGCGAUAAAAUGGAUGACAUGCACUUCUGUCUAGCCAAAACAUUUAUGAUUUUGAUGAUAAACUGAAAUGGCACAUGCCCUUCUUGGCUAAAGGUUACAGUGAUGAAAAUAAGUGAAUAUUUGUACAGAAUUAUUAUCAAUAUUAACAUUACAAAUCGAUUAAUAAAGGUUAAAAAAAAU